UUGAAAUCAAACAUCAACCAUUGGAUCAGAAAUGACCCCACAAAACGACAAAGCAAAGAGAGCUAGGCAUCUUUGAAAAGUUUAUAAAAAGAAAGGGAUGGUAGAGCAAGAAGCCUUCGUAAAUAGUAAUAGUAAGUAGAAGAAAGUAAAGGGAGGUAAAAAAAUGGCUUCCUCUAUGCUCUCAACUGCUACUGUGGCUAGCAUUAACAGGGUCAGCCCUGCUCAGGCUACUAUGGUGGCUCCGUUCACCGGCCUUAAGUCCACCCCAGUCUUCCCUACCACCCGCAAAACCAACUCUGACAUCACCUCCAUCACCAGCAACGGUGGCAAGGUCCAAUGCAUGAAGGUUUGGCCAACACUUGGGAUGAAGAAGUUCGAGACUCUCUCAUACCUUCCACCACUUACAAGGGAGCAAUUGGCCAGCGAAGUUGAAUACCUUCUUCGUUCUGGAUGGAUUCCUUGCUUGGAAUUCGAGCUAGAGCAUGGAUUGGUGUACCGUGAGCAUGCAAGAGUACCAGGGUACUACGAUGGUCGCUACUGGACCAUGUGGAAGCUGCCCAUGUUUGGGUGCACAGAUGCAGCCCAGGUGUUGAAGGAGCUUGAUGAGCUGAUCAAACAUCACCCAGAUGGCUAUGCUAGGAUCAUUGGCUUCGACAAUGUUCGCCAAGUGCAGUGCAUCAGUUUCCUUGCCUACAAGCCUCCUGGCGCUUAAAUUAUUUUCUCCCAAUUUUAAUUUGUUGACAUUAUCCUUUCUGGGUUUUGUUCAAUUAGGAUCGAUGUUUUUGAAAUGUUCUCUUUUUGCUUGUACCUUUUUUCCUUUCCUAUCGGAGUUUCUCCGACUGAACGGAUGCAAGAUGCGAGGUUGAAUUCAUAAAACUGUUGAACAUUUGUUGCUAUCAAAUAUUAAACUCGUUUGCCUUGUGCAUUUGUUUA